AUGAUCGCCAUCGGUCUCGAAGGUUCCGCCAACAAACUCGGCGUGGGCAUUAUGCUGCAUCCCAAAGAUGGAAGCACCCCGCAAGUCCUCGCCAACGUCCGUCACACCUAUGUCUCCCCUCCUGGAGAGGGAUUUCUCCCCAAAGAUACAGCAAAACACCACCGGGCGUGGGUUGUAAAACUCGUCAAGAAAGCUCUCAGAGAAGCCCAUGUCUCCGUCGACGAUGUGGACUGCAUUUGCUACACAAAGGGACCCGGAAUGGGAGCUCCUCUCCAGAGCGUGGCUGUCGCCGCCCGGACGCUAAGUCUACUCUGGGCCAAAGAAUUAAUUGGUGUCAAUCACUGUGUUGGACAUAUUGAAAUGGGUCGUCUAAUCACUGGCGCAUCAAACCCGGUGGUUUUAUAUGUUUCCGGAGGAAAUACCCAGGUAAUCGCAUACAGCUCACAACGGUACCGCAUUUUCGGGGAGACUCUUGAUAUCGCCGUGGGUAACUGUCUCGACCGCUUCGCGCGCACGCUACAUAUCUCCAACGACCCAGCACCAGGGUAUAAUAUUGAGCAACUCGCGAAGAAGGGAAAACAACUAGUCGAUCUUCCAUACACGGUGAAGGGCAUGGACUGUUCCAUGUCAGGAAUUCUGGCUGCGAUCGAUGGGCUCGCUGCGACAUACGGGCUGAACGGAGAACAGCAGGAGGAAGAGGAAGAAGAUAGCAAAAGGACGCAAGAUACACCCGUAACAGACGGAAUUUUAGAAAACCGAAAGCCUACACGGGCAGAUUUAUGUUUCUCGUUGCAAGAAACUGUAUUCUCAAUGCUGGUUGAGAUUACAGAGCGCGCUAUGGCACAUGUUGGAUCGAAGGAGGUUUUGAUUGUUGGUGGAGUCGGGUGCAAUGAGCGACUACAAGAGAUGAUGGGAAUAAUGGCCCGAGAUCGUGGCGGAAGCGUUCAUGCGACUGAUGAGAGGUUCUGUAUUGACAAUGGGAUUAUGAUCGCGCAGGCCGGAAUACUUGCGUAUAAGACCGGAUUCCGGACGCCGUUUACAGACUCCACGUGCACCCAACGAUUUCGGACGGAUGAUGUUUUUGUGCAGUGGAGAGACUAG